AGUGUCUGCUAAAUCUGCACUAUUCGCGUCAUGUAUACGUACAAGAACCUUCUUGAUUGAUUGUUAGGCAGCAGACGCUGUCCAUUAGCUAACAGCCACCCAUUAUACUAUUAGAAUGCAUGUGUCCACUCUUGACAUCAGCUAUGUAUAGGCUAUGUAUACAGUCAUGGUCAUCCGUCCGCCUUGUGCGCGCAGUCUCCAGAUAAAAUGGAAGUCAACGACAAAAACGAGAAGACGCAAGAGUGCAGAGAAUUUCUCAUGGCAAUGACACUCGGAGCCGCACUCUCGUGCGUCGUCCUGUCUAUCAUCAUUUUCUUCACCAAGGGAGUCUCAAACAUCGACCUCCUAGCCACCAUCUCUACCACAUGCACGACCGCACUAGUCGACCGGACGACAGUCGCCGAAUGCAGCUACGAUUGCGGCAACUACGCAGACAACCAGUGCACGUUGACAUACGACUGCUGGCACGUCUACGCGAUCGUCGAGGACAAGCCAAAGUCGACGGUUCCGUCGCAGCUUUUUUGGAACUUCGAUUCACGCGAAACCAACUGCUCGAAUUAUCGUCGAUGCGACAGUCGUGGCUUCUCGAUGAAGUAUGAGGAAAUAGGCGACGAGUAUUCGUGUUACUACGAUUCGUCUCGACCGAAUGCUGUCUAUCUGCAUCCUCCAAGAAGCCCAUUACCGUACUUGAUCGGAUCUUGUCUAACCGCAAUUGCCGCCGCCGGUGUGACUGUUGGCAUCUGCUACGCAAGUUAUCGGAGACGGUCUCGUAGGCACAGUGCUGAGCCUCGUGAAUGCAAAGAGACGGCCGUCUAAAGUCUAAUUUAGCUAAUGUAUGGACUCUCUAGGUUGCUGAUGUUGCAUCACCCUUAAUUAAAUUGAUCGUAUAUUAGUAGCUAGAGACUCUAGACAGCCUUUUGACUUCUUUUCUAGGUUUCUUGCCUGUCUGUAGCCUCAUCUAUGAGUCAGGUAACAAAGAGCGAGAAAGUAGAUAUUUACAGUUGGAAUACGCGUACGCACACUCGUAUCCUAUUGUCACAGGCCCGUAUACGAUAGUAAGCAAUGAGACGGCGGAGGACCAGGAUAUCUAAAGGGGAGGGGCUGACUACGCGAGACUUUUAUUAGUAUAUUUACGUGCACCAGCACUUGUUCAAGCACGUGCAUAUACGGGCGUGCGAGAAGAACACUGCAUGGGUAAGCACGAGUCAUCAGACUGUCUAGCAAUGUGCAAUAGCCAUACGUAGAAUGUAUAGACCAUUUAUCGUACAUACAUACAUAC